GGACGGGCCCUUGAUGAUAGAUCCAUGGAUCCAUCGGCUACCGGGCCCUUUGGAUGUCGAGGCAAGCGCUGCCACGCUUUUGACGUGGCUUACCUGGCUGGGGUAUCAUAACAGCUAUGGCUUCGUACGCCAACUUCUGGGUCCAAGGGAAGGCCUAGCCCUCGAUGAGGUCAAAAUGAUGCGAUAUCUUCAACGGGCUGCUGACUCGUAAUUAUGAUAGCCCAAUAGGAUGACGUGAGGAAAGUCAAUCGAUAGAGCCAGCUGUGCGGCUACCCGAUCUUCAAGGCGCGUAGCAGAAAGAGAGUCCACUUUGCCCGGCUACGACGAUGUUCCCAAUAUGGAUCCAUCACUGAUUCGAGACAGUCGUUGACAGCAACAGCUGAAAGGACAAGACAGACAGCCUAUUUCAAGCCCUGGGCAGGCCCAAGAAGGUGACACAAACACUAUCUGGCCACGAGGACGGAUUUGGCGAAUAUGAUGAGUUGUGAUAUGGCGGCUUCUUGCAUCGAAGCCGCCAUGCUAAGCCAGUCCCAGAUAAGAGGAUGGUUUGAGGUUCAAUGGUCCUAGGUAUCGCCAUCCAUCCGUCGGUGCUGGUGGCGUCCAUGACAUGCAUUGCUCACCAGUCACGCCCCGCAUUAGAGUGACUGCUCCAUGGACAGAUGCUAGGUAGGUAGGUAAUAAUCUCUCGUCUUAGAAUUCUCUGCUGAAACAUUACACGAAAGAGGGGUGGCACAAAGAUGGCGGACGUAGUCUUGAACUCCAAGGUGCUGUUAGGUCUAGCGGCAGUCGAGUUUGCAAGGCGAGGACCUUUUUCUCUUACAUUAUGGUGAAAAGUGAUGGACAGAGACAAUAGAAGUUGAUUGGGAGACGACGGGGGCCCCAGAAGCCCGUCAGUCGGGCCGUAGAGGUUGUUGCUGUUGUUUUUUGGAAGGGGGCCCGAGUCAAUUUCAUUCCUGUAAGUCAAGGUAGUACGGAUACCUUAGGUAAGGUCAGGUACCUUACUUUAGGUACUCCGUAGGUCUGAGGUGUCGGAAGUGGGUCAAGCCACAAGGUCGCCGAUUGUCAAUUGUUCAGGACCUGCCGAGCCGUCGACCGGCAGAGCGGGUCAUGCCCGUGUCCGGGCCGGGGCACCUUCUUCGCACAUCCGAACGCUCAGACCAUGCGUUUGCCCCAAGGCGGAAAGGUUCUGCUCUGGCGUGCUCUGCGGCCUGCCCUUGCCGCCCGACUCAUUCAGUUGAUUCAGCACGCACUGAGCAAGGGCACUUGGGAGUCUGGAACGAAGAAGUCCGUGUAAAACCGGGACUCACUCACCUCAGGCUGCGGAGUCGCUGGACGCCUGGAGUGGAGGGGAAAGCAGCGUAUUACCUAGCGCUUGUGGGCGGAUCUAAUUGGCAACUGGCGGAAGCUGACAAACAACAAAAACGAGGCGCAUGAGGGGUGCUGCUUAGGUGCUGCCUCUCUCCCAUUUGCAGCAUGACGUUUGUAACGUUUCCCCCCCCGCGCCUUCCAAGCCACGCUACGGCCCUUAUUCGAUCCUAACAAGCUACUACCUAAUUAGGGCAUCAAUCAAUUCUUUGGUGAGCAACACCUGCCACCGGGGAAAGCGAGGCAAUGACUCUGCCCUUCUCACCUCGCCCUGCAGCUUACUGUGUAUGCUUGCUGACUGACGGACUGACUGACUGACCAAAUUGCCUUGUGACUCACAGCAGAAAUCAAUACCUGAGCAACUGACGACUCAUCUCGUUGUUGCUGACGCUUACCCCAAGGCGGAUGCAAAAGGCGGAAACAACAUUCCAGAGUACAGGGAGUACAUAGCAGACAAAGCCGCGCCGGCUAGAAGCUUGUUUGCUCUGCUCUGCAACAACAACCAUCGACGACAACGACGAGAAACCUACCGUACCUGGCUUCUCCACCCCCGCCUACACCUCCCAUCCGGAAGCCUCCUCACACAGCUUCCCCCCUUCCUUAUCUUACAUUCAUCUCUCACCCGGGCAUGACUAAGAAAAGGUAUCAAACGUUAUACUCGAAGCCGCAGUCAACUGCACCGUCUUCAUUGGGUGCCUCAGCUUCAGCCUCUUCUUCUACUCAGACCCAACGUAGGGGCGUCAACGAACUUUUGGCUGAUCUUCGCCGAUCAUCCUCCCGUGCUACCCCGACAGCAUCAGCAGCAGCAUCGGCAGCGACCACGCCCACCGUCCCGCCCGCUCUCCGACAGAUCCUCCAGAUCCCAGAGACGCCUCCGCCGGCACCCAGGCGUGUCCCAAGAUUCGACGCCACAGGCAGACGAGUACCACCAGGCCCGCCACCUCCGCGCAGCUGGUUAUCACGAUCCAGCCAUGUCCAGCGCGCACACGCGACCGCCGCCCACCGCGGCGCCCAGGCCAUGGAGGGCCUGCCUGGCACAUACGAGCCGGACAAGGGCAGCCUGAUGGAUCUCGUCCUCCGAAGGAUGGCCCUGAACUGGGAGCUCCAUAAGGAUUACGAUCAGUACUACUUGCACACGCUGCCCAGCCGCGUCAGGGCCUCGUUGGCAAAGUAUGUUGGCGUAUGGUACGAGGGCGGCGCAUCCGCUACAGACCUGCACAACAUUCUGAUCCCUCCUGCGACGCACGACGGCCAGCAGCCACUUGACGUCGAUGGCCUUGUGUCCCUGAACAACGACGUCUACUCCCUCGACCUGACUGGCUCGGUGGGCCACUCCAUGUCCGUCAGGGAGUUGGCCGACGUGCUGUUCCCGCAGCAGCUGGCGAGCGCCGCCGAGGCCGUGCAGGAUUCCUGGGACACAGCAGAGGCGCCCUCGCUCCCGCCGAAGCUUCUCCCCCAUAUCACGCACCUCUGCCUCACCGUCGCCCCUAGCGCACAGCAAGGCGGCGGGACGCCCGGCGUAUCGUGGAAGCAGCUCCUCUCGCUCGCGGCGAAGCUGCCCACGCUCACGCACCUGAGCCUAGCGUACUGGCCCGAGCCGUCGCUGACGCCCAACGCAAAGUUCUCCAAGAUUGUCUCGUCUGACGGCCGCGCCGAGAGUUAUUCAGGCACGGGGGCGUACGCGCAUACCUUGGACGAUGACUGGUCCGAGGCCGUCAUUCUGCUGAGGAAGCUGAGCAAGUCCCUCUACGGGCUCGAGUAUCUCGACCUCACAGGCUGCGGCGCGUGGUUCAAGGCGCUCAUGGCCAACGUUGACGGAGACCACGUCGACUGGACCGGGCCAUGGGGCAAAGUAACAAAGUUGAAGUUGAGGUACGGGUAUGAAAUCAGCGUCGACACGCCGAUUGCGGACCACGAGAGGUUCCGUGAGGCGGCGCAAAUGGCAAAGGCGAUUGAGAAGUACAUUGUAGCGCAAAGAGCUGGAAAGGGGCGAUUCAUCAACGUGGAUAGUGAUCCGAUAGAGGAUUCGCAAAUGCCGUUGAUGCCGUUUAUAUUUUGACUAGACAGGAAUCAAGUUACAAAUUAUUCCCAAC